AUGGAUUUAUCGUCAUUGACCCGCUCGGCCAUCCUGUGCCAAUGUUCUCGGUGCUCGAGUUCCCUGGCGGCUCUCGAGAACGAAUGGGCCAAGCUUUCCAACUCUUAUUCCGUCGCCGCAGGGUGGCUGAGCGUCGAGCUUCACCGGAUAGCGAUCUCGUCGGAGAAGAAACAAAUACCACAAUCUUCGGACCUUACUAUACUUCGCGGACGGAUCAUACAGGAAGUCUCCUGCAAGCUCUGUCAGCAAAAACUAGCCGUGUUAUGUUCGUUAGAGAAUGGUCCCAAUAUCUUUUGGAAGCUAUCCAAAGUAUCAUUCAGGGAGAUCGUCACCAUGCGCACUGUAGAACCUACGUUCAAAGAUGGAAUACUCGAGCGCUUGAUCCAUCCGCCUCAGAAAGAAUCUACCCGCCGAGACAGGACCUCCAUUCAGCCGGGAGCUUUGGUACCAAUCGAAUCAUCAGCGAUGGAACAGUACGGUACAUCUGUGGAGCAACAGAUUCAACACCAAGGACUGAGCCUCGACCAUAUCUCAAGUUCCGUGAGCAACCUACAUGAUACGAUGUCCGAGCUAAAAAGUGCAUUUACUACACUACGUAUCGAACUAAAUGGCCCCGGUCGGUUCUCUGACCUAGGAAACACCAACAAUGAUUUCAAUAUGAUCACGACGGUGCUGAAGGAACUCAAGAACAAGUCCGAAGAGAUCGAAAAGCUAAAACUUGAAAACGAGGCACUGAAAUUGAAAAACCGCUACGCGGAGGAACAGAAUACAAGACAGCAGCAGCAACAGCCACUACCACCUUCAACACUAGCAGUAACCAACACACUUCCAGAAGUCCGGAGCCCGGGAUUGCUCCAAGCAGGCAGAAAACGACCAUGGCCGGACACGUGGCCUAGCGGUCGCACCCAACCGAUCGCAGACUCGUUCGACGAUGGCGACGAUGAUGAAGAUAGCAUCGAUUUCUCACUGGAAGAUACACACAUUCCCCCAGUCAAGAUUCCUUUAAGGGCACCCGAAACCGACGCGACGAUGGAUACACCUCAAGCCUCGAUAGCACCUGCAUCUCCAAACUUCCACAUCGAAGUCAGCCAGUCGGGAGAUCUACCCCCGCAUUGGGAAACAUCAGAGCUCAACACAAGCACUGAACAACAGGCCAUUCUUAAACGCCCUCGAAUGUCUCAAGCCGCUAGCGAGAGGCCACCCUCCAGCGGGGAUACAGAUAAAAGAAAACCGGGGCGGCCACGCAAAUCCCUAAGCCAAGCCUCGAAGCUGGAUCUCUCCCAAAUGCAGACUCCUAGGCCAACGCCAUUAAGCGAGCAGAACCUCAACCUCAGCAACAGUUCUCAAAAAGAGGAUCAUCAUUCCACCACCAGUCCCAGCCAACGCCCAAAUACAACAGAAAACCGUCCAGGCCGCUCCCGAAGUUUACGCAGUAGGUCUCGACCGCCUCCUCGACAGUCAACAGGUGCCGAUAACCAUUCAUCCGAGCAGGAGACACCAGGCAGUACUCUUAAUACUCGACGGGGUGCAGAAGCUUCAGAAACCCCUGGCCAACAGUCCGGAUCAGGGAAGGAGAACCAGCCGACGAAGAAUGCUGAUUCCGAAAACAAACGUGAAGCGCAAGAGAAACGAAAGGCACAGGUUGCCGCGCGCGAUAUGAUGGCACGCUUAGCUAUGCAGCGUGAAGAAGCCAUGGAAACAGAGGCUCGUUGA